CCAGAAAACCCGCAAUUCCCAAUCCAUCAAAUCGAAGCCCUAAACUGUCUUAUCGUUGUCCCGCUCCGGCUACAUGGAUACUGCUGCUACCUCAUCGCGCUCCGAGCGAUCCCCACGCUCUAGUUUCAUUUACCGUCGGCGUCGGGGCUCCCGCAGAAGAUCAGGCAACAAUUUAUCCGUGGAUGAAGUGAGGGAAGACGAGAAGACGAUCAAGAAGCUCAAAUUGGAAAACAGGAAACUAAGACGGCGUUUCGUGGAGGAAAGCGAGGACUUGCGCUUGGUCAGGGAGCAAUUCCAGCAACAGCUUGUAAUCAUGCGGGCAAUGAAAAUGCAGCUUGACAAUGUGGCAUCAUCGACGACGAAGUUCCAAAAGUCGGCCGAGGUGGAGAUAGCUGCCAAACUUGGCGAGACCAUGCAACAGAUGCGCGAUUUCAAGACAUACCAGAAGGCCAUUCUGAAGAUUGCUCAAACUAUUGUAGAUCCACCGGCUCCCGAGUCCUCGGAUGAUGAAGAAGAAGAGAUCCCACCGAGAACUUUGGCACAACAGAACCUGUUCUACUCGGAGAAAGUUCUGGAGAAAUACAAUUGUGAGAAUCCGGGUGCUGAAUUCGUGAUCGCUGAAGCAUUAGUCACCUAUCCAUUUAACUCCCGGGGCACUUGGAUCAUCCAUCUCAACUUCACAGCCAAAGAUAAGGCUGGAAAUGUCCAUCGUUUGUUUGGGGAGACUACAGUUGAGCUUAAACCAGGGGAUCCGGUUGAAGUAUUAUCGUAUUGUAUCCUUACUCCUAGCGACAAUGGUGACUAUUCUAGUCUGACGAAGGGUUGUCGACGAUGUGAUCCCACCUGUUUCGUGCCGAUCUAUCAUCCGGACGAAAGUUGCUUUAAGCGGGGGCACUUCAAUCCUCAUCAUCCUUGACUUGAUUGGUUUCACUUCAGGAUGGCCGCUGAACAAAACUUACUGUCUAAUGCUCAUCUCUCAUUUUGCUUUGAUGAACGGUUUCUACAAUUUGUAGCUAUCUAAUCUCAACUUUUGUCAUGGUUGGCGUUUACGUAGUCACUUGAAAAUAUAGUAUGAUACAAAUUUGUAACUCAACAACUUUCUUCUCAAACUGUUAAUUUAUGACAUACAUUUUAUUUCUCG